AGAUAAUCCAAGACUCGGAUCAGUUGGCGAUACACUAACACAUCCCACAACUGUCAACAGCACCGGUAUGUCAUCAAAGGAGUCAAUACUUCUGACACACGAUACUAAUGAAGAGACAAUCGAUGGCAACAAUAGAUCAACUGAUGGUUCAGAUAAUGAAUUAGUGGAAACAUUGGACAACUCGUGUCUACCGAAACCGUUCACAAGUGGUCUAUCUGUUAGUCGACUGCCGAGGAAUAUAAGACUUGUGAUACAAACGCGUGAAGACAAGAAGCCAUCGAUUCCUUCACAACAAACGCCACAAAUGAUUAGUAUUUCACGAAAACUGACGACAAAGAAGUUGAUCCAAAAACACCAAACGGUUGACAAUCCGCUCAAGACUACGAGUUUAUGGCCAGUAAUGAGUGGUAAUACUGUUCCCGAAGAGCAACAGAAAUGCGAUCAUUUGUGUCGGAAGUGUUCAAAGAGUUUCGAGACAUUCAGACAAUUGUUAGAACACGAGAAGUCGUGUCAAUCGCAAUCGUAUGAAACUCUGGAAGAACAUCACAAACAUAUGCGUGAAAUACAUUUGAAACACACGUGUAUUGAAUGCCAGAAGACCUUCGCGUCACCGGAACUGCUCUCAAAACACCAAAAGUGUUGUAAACGAAAGAAACAAUUGAAUGAUUUUGAACCCAAAAUGGAUGAAACAGAGCCUGAAAUACCGGAACCGCCGAUUGUGUGCACUCAUGAGGGCUGUGGCAAAGAGUUUAACCUGAAGUCCAAACUGGAAUGGCAUCGAUUCACUCACACCACUGAACGGCCGUUCGCUUGCGAUCACCAAAACUGGACACAAGAAAAUGAUGCAAUGAAGUCCAAACUGGAAUGGCAUCGAUUCACUCACACCACUGAACGGCCGUUCGCUUGCGAUCACCAAAACUGUGGCAAACGAUUCAAAACGUUAACGCAUUUAAAGGGACACAAGAAAAUGAUGCACCCGAUUGAGGGCCGCCCCCACCGGUGCCCGCAAGCGAACUGCGACCAAGUGUUCAAAAGGGGUACACAUUUGUUGACACACAUGAAGAACUGUCACCGCGACUAUGGGUGCGAUUGGCCCGGAUUUAGAUCAGUUUCUGCGCCAAAA